AACCCUGCUCUACCAGCAUCUUUCCUUCCCAUUAAAAAAAAACCUGAAGGAGCUGUCCAUUUCAGAACCACAUACCAUCGCCUUUGCGUAUCUAUUUCAGGUAACGUCUAUUUAAACCUGACGACCCCAUACCUGAUGGGACUCGACUUGGGAAGCUCGACGAUCAGCUCGAAGAUGAGCUCGUCUGUAUGCGGAUAACAGCGUCUGCAUGCCAAUAACAGCGUGUUGCCUGCAGUACGCCGGUGUAAUAGGCUGCCCAUCGCCCAUCCGUGGGCUAUGCUAUAGUAACAUGCGGUCAGACCGACUCACCGAUACCGUGCUGUCCUUCUGCAACGUUUAGCCUUCCAAAUGUCCCGGUAUGGUGACUAGAGAUCUGCUGGAGCCGUCCUAAGGGCCUGUUUGUCCUCUGUUUGCCCAUAAUGUCCUUAGUCUUACUGAGUAGGAAGGAACAUGUCCUAAAAAUACAGUGACAGCCCCAUCAACAGAUAAACAAACAAAAUCCUAGUAAAAGGAGAGGAGGCCAGUCUCUGUCUUCUGUAUCACUCGCUCUCUCUCUUCCUGGCCUCGAGUGUGAGGUCAUGUCCCAGUCUGGAAAAGUCCUUCAUCUGUACGUGGAGGUAAGGUCAGCCCCGGAGCAGGAUGGGAAUGGGGGCUUGGGGGGAGGAGUGGAGGGUCCUGGGACUGGGAGUAACUCAGCCUCAGCACAGGAUGGGCCAGCUGGGCUUUUGUCCAAGUUAACCUGCCAGACAAAAUGUCAGACUCCUACCAAAGUACAAACGCACCGCCUAGCCCAUAACUUCACUCACACUCAGUCUCCCUCCAGACACACAGUGAGCUUCCAGCUCCACCAAGGCAAUGGCAACCAGUCACCUAGCAUCUCCAAGCGGCAGAGUUUACCAGCAGCACUGACCCACUCCCCAGCCUUUUCCAGAAAUGGGAGGACCACCACCCCCCACAAACCCUCCUCCAAAGGGCAGGGGGUGGGGGGUGAUGCCAAACGCUCGGUGGUCACCUUCAGCUACAUUGAGAAGGCUAACGUCAAGAGAGUGGAGAGCCCACAGAACUCUGCCUGUCAGAGGAGGUCUAGGGAGGAGAGGUCAUCCCCACCUACCUGCCCCCGGAAGAGACUCAGCGACCCCAUCUGGUUGGGUAGUCCUGGCUCCUCCUGCAGCUCCAGUCCCAAACUAGCGUUUCGUCCCCCAGGGUGUAUCCAACAACAACAGCAACCGUCAGUCUCCCCCAGCCACUGCCACCCCGUCUUGGAUCCCGUCGGCAGGGCAGCCACCCAGCUUGCCCUGGAAGAGUUUGGGUUUGGUUCCCCCCUGCACAGGAGUAAGAUUCUUCAUGGGCUCGAGCAGAGUCCCAGGGGCUCCCACCACAACCAGCAGGCCGGUUGCCUGUCAUGGGCAGGCGGCUCUCCUGUCCUACGCCACAGCGCCUGCAAUAAUCACGCCAUGGAUACAGAUAGAAACCGGGCCAUUUGCGGGCCAUUACCAAGGAGCCCAGCCUCCGACCAGCUUUCGUCUCAUGCUAGCCAGGCCGCUCUGGGUAUGUCUCCUAACUCGAGACCCAGGCUGUGUAUGGGGCCCAAGGCCCAGAGCCCACACCAAUGGGAAGGUCAAGACAAAGCUAUCACAGGGAGUCCAGCCACCCAGAGACAAGUACACAAGCCCUGUAACAGCAGUUCCUCCCCUCAAGGGACCAUUCUCCAACUUAGCAAUAAACUAGGGGUGGGAACUGUACUGAACCAGCUAAGUGGUAGCAAACCCUCCUCACCAUCCAACAGCCCUGAAGUGGCCCGGAGGCUAGCUGAGGAGGCUACUAAAGUGUCCUCUAUUUUAGCAGAGGUAAGGAGGAACUCAUUGACAUUGCACAGCACUUUAGACGAAGUAGAGAGCCCCAACUGUGGAUGUAUGUCCAGAGAAGCCAACAGUUCUGUCCCAAAAGCACAACUGCAACAUUUGCAGCAUCAGAAAGUUAAGAUGAACAUCCCUUUACACGGCCUACACACACCAGCAUCCAACGACACUGACUCUCAACAGGCUGGAAACUCUUUACCAUCAUCACGCACACAGGACACAAACACUCCAACACUAACCAAUCAUAGGACACAGCACGGAGGAGGGUGGGCUCUGGGUCAGAGCUCCAUCCUAUCAGACACAGUAGUGGGUGGAGGAGUGUCCCCAGCCCUGCCUUCACGCUUCCUCCAUCCAUUUCUUCCCCCAGCCGAGACCAGCUCCCCUCUGAGGGACCCCAGGCUGCUGAGAGCCCAGCUCAGAGUCACCGACAGCCCCACGCUGCACCGCUGUCAGCCCCCUCAAUACACUGGAGAUUUCUGGUCCUUCGAGCCGGACAGGACAGCUGACUUGUCCUGCUUCGACAGGGGGGACAGUGCUGAGCUGGCCCGUAGGCUCUACAUACGCCAGAGUGUGGAAGAAGCCCCUGUCAGCUGGACUUCCAGGCAGCCCUGGAGCCACCUGGUAGGGGAGGAGAGCAGCAGCUCCAGUUCCAGCCCCAGACAUGGACCUGGACCCGGUCAGCAGCCCUUGAGCACGGCCCAGCAGAAGAGGGCUGAGCAGAGGAGGAGGGAGGUUCUGCUGCUGGGCCCUGUGGUGCUGGACUCCCCAGAGGAGGACGAGGGCCUGGAUGGGGAUGGGGAAGGGGAGGAGGUUUCGGGACAAGGGCAGCAGCCAAGCCUGCUGAGGGUGGAGGAGCCUCAAGGGAGGGAGCAAAUUGGGAUAGCGGGGUCCUCGUCGCGCAGCUCCAGCGGGGUGACGGGCAGCCUAGGUGAAAGGGAAUGUGUGUCCCCAGAGUCCAGUCAGUCCAGCCACCAGAGCAACGAGACAGGGGCUGCCACUUCAGGGAUACAGACGGACAGUGGCACUGCAGUCCCAGGCCCCUCCCUCCACUCCCAGAGGAUAGCUCGUGCCAAGUGGGAGUUCCUAUUUGGGACACCCGCUGAGGAGGCUGCCAGCAGGGGGGAGAAAAGUACCAUCGAACCCUCCACAGCUCCUCCCAGUGGCCAGUCCAGUGAAUCCCCCACUUCCCCCACCUCCCUCCCCCUCAUCUCAGCCAAUCACAAGGUGCAGCACGUGGAGGUAGAGCUGGUGACUCCUCCCCCAGCGGCGGUGGGGGAGUCGCCAAAGACGUGCAUCAUCCGGGGGACCCUCAAGUACUCGGAGACGGACCUGGAUGCCGUGCCCCUGCGCUGCUACCGCGAGACCGACAUCGAUGAGGUGCUAUUGGCUGAGCAGGAGGACACCGACUCAGCGUUUGGGAGUAACCGCAGCGUGAAAAGCACAUCGGGUACAGGCAGCAGCCCCCUGGGUGUCUGUCCCUAUGAGAGAACGAGUGGGGAGGAGGAGGAGGUGGAAGGAGAGGAGGAAGAGGAGGAAGAGGAUGACGAGGAGGAUGAGGAGGAGGUGGUGAGCUGGGUCUCAGUGAGGAUGCAGGGGGACAUGAAGAGGCAGCAGCAGCAGCAGGUGAUCAGUCAGCUGCUGAAGAGGCCAUUGGACAGUUUCUUCGACAACCUCCCGGCCCUCAAGUCACCCAUCCUGGUUUCGGGUCCUCGUCUGGCAGGCACGACUGAGGACACCUUCAGCCGCCAUUUUGAGAGCAUAAUGGAGUCACAUCGUGCCAAGGGCACAUCCUACUGCAGCCUGGACAGCGAGGAGCUGCUGACCUCCAGCACCCAGACGGUCCUGACCUUUGACCUUCCCACACUGACCCCAGAGAUCCAGGGAGGUCAGAUGAUCUGUCAGAGCGCCCGGCACAUUGUCAAGUUGAGCUUUGCCCCACUGGCCCACUGUGAGAGGGGGACAAGCCUAUCAGAUUCAAUCGUCACGGUGACAGGCGACUCAGACGCCACGCGCGCCCCCUCCAGCGAAAGGUUGAGCAGUGGCUCGGAGGACACACUCCCACGAGGGGGAGGGGGCGGGGCACGGAUGUUGGGGAGCAGCUGGUACAGCAACCCCACAUUCUCCUUCCCUAGGUCAGUGAUGUCAUACAGCAGCAACCCCUCCCUCUCCUUCCACAGGGAGAAGGCUCGUCUGGCGACAGACUCGGAGCUGGAUCAGGACCUCAGUGAGCGGCUGGGACUGGGGAGCAGCGACACCCUCACCAACGGUAACCGUGCUGACGGAGAGGCCGCCAAGCGCCUGGCCAAGCGCCUCUUCACCCUGGACGGCUUCAGGAAGUCCGACGUGGCCCGUCACCUCAGCAAGAACAAUGACUUCAGUCAUAAGGUUGCAGAGGAGUAUCUACACUUCUUUAACUUCACAGGUCUUAAUGUGGACCAGGCUCUGAGAGCCUUACUCAAGCAGUUCUCCCUGAUGGGAGAGACUCAGGAGAGGGAGCGGGUGCUGUCUCACUUCUCCAGGAGAUACCUGCACUGUAACCCAAUACUCAUACCUACUGAGGAUGGUGUUCAUACCUUGACCUGUGCCCUGAUGCUGCUAAACACAGACCUGCAUGGCCAUAACAUUGGCAAAAGGAUGUCCUGCACACAGUUCAUUGACAACCUGGAGGGUCUGAAUGAGGGUCAAGACUUUCCCAAAGACUUGCUGAAGGCCCUGUACAACUCAAUCAAGAAUGAGAAGCUUCAAUGGACAAUCGAUGAGGAGGAGAUGCGGAAGUCUUUCUCUGAGCUGGGGGACACCAACCAGGCUGACUCCACCUCUAAACACAUGAAGAGCAUGGCCAGUGGUGAGAAACACCUAGUGGCCAUGGCCCAGCCCUCGGGAGCCCUGCUGUACAAGAAUGGCUUCCUGGUGCGCAAGGUGCACGCUGACUCAGAUGGCAAGAGAACACCGCGUGGGAAGAGAGGAUGGAAGACGUUCUAUGGCAUUCUGAAGGGGCUGAUUCUCUACCUACAGAAGGGAGAGUACCGGCCAGAUAAACAGCUGUCAGAUGAGGAUCUGAAGAACGCCGUGUCCAUCCACCACUCUCUGGCGAUGAGGGCUGCUGACUACAGCAAGAGACCCAAUGUGUUCUACCUCCGCACCGCCGACUGGAGAGUCUACCUCUUCCAGGCACCAAACGCAGAGCAAAUGCAGUCGUGGAUCACGCGCAUCAACACGGUAUCAGCCAUGUUCUCAGCACCACCCUUCCCUGCAGCCAUUGGUUCACAGAAGAAAUUUGCCCGACCGCUGCUGCCAGGCUCCACCUCCAAACUGUCACAGGAGGAGCAGGUCCAGUCCCAUGAGGCUCGGUUCCGGGCCAUCUCCACUGAACUGGCUGAGCUGCGCUCGUAUCCUCCAGACCGAAAGGUCAAAGGCCGUGAGCUGGAGGAGUACCGCCAGCGGGACGAGUACCUGGAGUUUGAGAAAACGCGCUAUGGUACCUACGCCAUGCUACUGCGGGCCAAGAUCCGCUGCGGCGAGGAUGACUUGUCCGUAUUCGAGGCCCAGAUCCUGGAGGACAAUGGCCUGCAGCGCGCUCACUCCAGCCCCACACUGCAGGACAGCAGCCAGGCCUCCCAGGGCAGCAGCACCAAGGAGCCGGUGGGCUGCAGCGGUAUAGGAAAAGGCUCCAAGCGCACAGAGGGCCAGAGAUACAGCUACCGCCAGGCCGUCAAGAAGUGAGUCAGGGCGGGGUGCUGGGUGGUGAUGACGUGGCAGGCUUGUCUCCCUGCGCAGGUUAUUUGAGAUCCGGGUGAGGGGGGGGUUAUAGGAGCUUGAAAAGGAGCGGGGUGAGAGUUUACUGUAUACACCACGCCCCCCCCCCCCCCCUCCCAUGGAGCCCCCAUCCAGCACCCCCGAUCUCCUCAGCCAGUAGGGGAGGUGCAGAGGUGCAGGUCCUAUGACUGGCGCGGUCACUGGCCAAUGCCAGCGGUGUGUUGGGACAUGAGGGAGGGAGGAGCAUUGGAGAGGUCAUGGAGCUUGGACAGGAAGUAUUUGAGAGAAGGUUUUCUGGAUACACUAAUAGACUGUACUAUACCAUACGGUAAGACAGAGGGUCCUCCUGUAAGCGGUAGCUCCGCCGUACCGGGACUCCCGUCCAGCAUCCUUUCCUUCUAAUUCUUUGAGGUCACCUCUCUCACAAACAAACUCUACCAACCUUUUUUUCUUGACGUUGUUUUUUUCUGAUUUGGGACCAAACAUGUUUACAUGUUUGACACCUUAAGUCUCCGAUGACUGUUCUGUUGAUUUCAACAUGUGUUACACUACUGUAAUACUGCAGUAAGAGGAGCUAGACCCUAGACUCAUUGCAGUCCCAUUUUUUUCCACAACAUCAGGGUGUGUCCACAUUCCAUGAGGGAGCCUAAACACUAGGGUACUUGCAGUUCCUGAACUUUUCUUUGGGGCAAAUAUGGCAGCAACAAGGUGGCUCUAGUGGAUCCGUAAUGGCAGUGCACUAUGCAUCAGGAUCAGCAAUGGAGGUUCAGUUGCAACUCUUCCUCCUGGCCCGAUUCAGGGCGAGGGCAGAGGAGAGACUGAGCUCUCACGACUUCAGACACUCCACUCUCUACACAUUCUCACUCUUCUCCCCUCUCAGAGAGGGGGUAAUUGUGGCUCCCAUCUCUAUCCUAUCUCCCAAAUGGGUUGUCAGUGGGGCGGAUGUCAUUUGAGACAUGUCAUUAUAAACUGGGUGGUUCGAGCCCUGAAUGCUGAUUGGCCGACAGCUGUGGUAUAUCAGACCGUAUACCACUGAGUAUGACAAAACAUGUAUUUUUACUGCUCUAAUUACGUUGGAAACCUGUUUAUAAUAGCAAUAAGGCAGCUCGGGGGAUGCGUCGUGCCUAAGAACAGCCCUUAGCCGAGGUAUAUUGGCCAUAUACCACACCCCCUUGUGCCUUAUUGCUUAGUUGUACUGUGUCAUCCUCUCAGCAAGAGAGACCCAUGGUUUCUUUCCUUUCCCUUAAAGGGGCACUCUGCGAUUGAUAUAUACCCAUUGACUCUUGAAUAAUAUAACGUACAGUGGGAAGAACAAGUAUUUGAUACACUGCCGAUUUUGCAGGUUUCCCUACUUACAAAGCAUGUAGAGGUCUCUAAUUUUUAUCAUAGGUACACUUCAAC